CCCCCCUCUACGUACUGCGCACGCAGCAUCGCCUUCUAACCGUCGACGAGACAACUCGUUUGAGGAUGUUUGGCGGACUAAUCAACUUGGCCCAGUCAGCCACUAUCGGCCCGCCGCCCAAGGACGUUCCGCCGCCCACUCCUAUUGGACUACCGCAAUGCAAUCCGCAGCUCCCGGGCACGUCGUCUGACGGCCGGCCUCGCCCGCCUCUCGUUCCUUUCCUGCAGAGGCUCCAACGUCCCGCCGAGCUGACCGAAGCUCACUUUGCCGCCCUCGGCGUGCACGUGCACCCCGAUGCCCCCGCCGAGCAUGUCGUCCCGAAUCCGGCCUGCCUACCCGAAUCCGCCGGUUGGGCUGACAUGGACCUGGACGGCGCCCAGCGCAAGAACGAGACCUUCCGCAGGAAGCUCUCCAACGGGAACCUUUCCCCCGAGGCCCGGGUCUACCUGGAGCGGCGCGCAGAACUUUCCAUACCAAACCAGGCCGCUUUCCGCACCAUCCGUCGCAUCAAGCCCGACCCGGGCAAGCAACAGGUCCGGCUGGGAAACUGCUACGAGUUUUUCAAGCAGAUGGAGCUGAUGGCCACGUACUGGGACGACACCUCGCUGCCGCCGCUCGCUAGCGACGGCCAGGACGAUGAGUCGCCGCCGCCGCUGCCGCCCCGUCCGGAUUCCGAGGGCGCCAAGCCCGGGCAGCCCGGGCAACCCGAGCAAGGCGCCACCGCCGCUACCGACCCCGAGCCUAGCACCUCUUCUCCACCGGAUUCGGAAGCCAAGCGGGAGGAGCCGGAGCGGGUCACCUACCGUACGAGCCCCGGCGCCCAGAUGCCGCCCGAAUUCCGCCACAGUCUGAUCGCGGCUUUCGUCAAGCUCGUAGCCUACGACUUCGGCUGCAACGUGGUGCCGCCGAGAGUCGAGCCUCGCCUGCAGCUUCUCGCCCCCCUGCGCAAAUCAAAGUCGCCUUCUCCGCAGGCCCAGGUGGCUUCCUAUUUCCCCUCGGGCUGCGUGUUCCUAUGCCGCUCUCCCACCACCCGCGAGGCCGCUCGCGCGGGCAUCGUCGAGGGCCCCAUAGCGGCCGUAUCGGCGCGCAACACCACCAACUUUUCCCUGCCGACGGAUUCCAACGUCGACUUCGGCCGGGAGAUCGUAGCCGCGCUGAUCACGGCGCAACACCGCGCCCGCGAGGGACAGACGGAGAAGAGGUUCGGCGAGGGUAAGUGGUGGGCGACGGAGAAGCGCUGGGGCGGAGGCGAGGGCGGUCCCAUAGGAAGGGAAGUAGAUGGCGACUCCGUCGUUGGCGAUAAGGACUCGGUGGGACCGUCGGAAAGCGGUUCCGCCGACGGCGCCGGCCAGGCAGGGAGAGGAGCAGGCCCUUCGCAGCCGCAAGACAAGGGCAAGACGGUGCCUAUCCCCAUGCGCGGACCGCCCCUGAAUAAGAAACCACGCAAGAACCUCAGCAUCUACGACAACUACAGGAUGGUGCGGCUGCCCUCGUCCAACUGGGACAAGAAGACCAAGUACAUGGCCAUCGGCAAGGCCAAAGGCGCCGACUACGACGACGUAUUUGUGCUCAGCAGCCUGUUCCACCACCUGUGCGUGCUGCGAGUGCGGGUGCCGGCCCGCUUGCUCGCGGUCCUGGGCGGCGAGCCCGAAGGGGACGAUGCCGGGGCGGAGUCGGGCGCGUCUGCGCCCAGAAGCUGGGGCCGGCUCGAGAUGUGGCGCAGUAAGUGGUUCGACCUGUUCAUCCCGGAGGAGAGGCUCGAGGCCCUGCGGCUGCUCUGGGGCGUGAUGGCGUGGGUGAUGCGGGCGGACGAGGAGACGGGAGAAGGCGGUGGGGGAGGCAAAGACGACGAGAAGGCGGCAGCCGGCAGCGGCGCUUCCGGGGGGGAUGUCGUCAUGAGGGAUGUCUGAGACAGGUAGGCGACCAGAGAGAGCCGGGAGGCUCGGGGUCAGAGACGCUUCUCCUCUCUCCCGUAGAGCCUGCCUGCCUGCCUGCCAGAGGCAACGAAUAAGCAAAUAUAGGAAUAGAAGGGAACGGGGCCGAGGGGGGUUAGCCCUACGAAAUAUUCUUACGACUAGGUA